AGGUCAACGGAUGUAUUCACAGAGAGAAGAAAAGAUGGCGAACUUGGUGGAGGCGACGAGCGAAAAGCAGUUUGAAGAGUUUCUCACCAAAGCUGGAAAAUGCCUCACCGUGGUGCAUUUCCACGCUGCGUGGGCUCCUCAGUGCGGCCAGAUGAACGAAGUAAUGGCGGAGCUGGCCAUAGAACACACCGGUACCACGUUCCUGAAGCUGGAGGCAGAGGCGGUCCCGGAGGUGUCGGAGAAGUAUGAGAUCUCCUCGGUUCCUACUUUCCUGUUCUUCAAGGCCGGGGAGAAGGUGGACCGGCUGGACGGUGCUCACGCUGCGGAGCUUACCAAGAAGGUCCAGCGGCUGGCGGUGAACGCACGUCCGGCUGGAGCUGCGGAGGUACCUGACCUGAACGAGCGGCUGAAGAAGCUGAUCAACGCGGCCCCCUGCAUGCUAUUCAUGAAGGGCUCCCCACAGGAGCCUCGAUGCGGCUUCAGCCGGCAGAUCGUGGGGCUGCUGAAGGAGCACAACAUCCAGUUCAGCAGCUUUGACAUCCUGUCCGAUGAGGUGGUCCGACAGAAGCUAAAGACCUUCUCCAAUUGGCCUACCUUCCCUCAGCUGUAUGUAAACGGGGAUCUUGUGGGCGGACUGGACAUCGUGAAGGAGCUGGCUGCGUCCGGGGAGCUGGAGAACACCUGCCCCAAGGCCGUAAGCCUGGAGCAACGCCUGAAGACCGUCAUCAAGCAGAGUCCGGUCAUGCUGUUCAUGAAGGGCAACAAGGAGGCUGCCAGAUGCGGAUUCAGCAAGCAGAUACUGGAGAUCUUAAACGGAUCUGGAGUGGAUUAUGGCACCUUUGAUAUUCUGCAAGACGAAGAGGUCCGUCAGGGGCUGAAGACCUACUCCAACUGGCCCACAUACCCACAACUUUACGUGAAGGGGGAGCUGAUUGGUGGCCUGGACAUAGUUAAGGAGCUGAAGGAGAGUGGAGAACUGGUGUCAGUUCUGAAGGGGGAGUCAUAGAUGGAUGUCCUUCACCAUCCAUCAGAUAAGGAACAAGAAGCUACUGCAAGGACCCAGAACAUCAGCUGCAUGGGGCCGGAGAGUGAAGCUCAACAAUAACUUUCAGAUUCUAGCUGUUAAGUAGAUUCUCUUUGCCGAAACGGAGAAAAUGUUUGGGUUUUUUUUUUUCAGUAAAAUUCAUGUUCAAGUUGGAUUACUGGAUAUUUGUGAAAAUACAUCUUUAAAAUGUUUAAUGGGAAAGUAAAACCAGAAAUAAAGGUCUUUAAUUUGACCCUUCAUGUCUGAUUCUGGGAAAAUUCUGAUAAAAGCUGCCUGGGUUUUUGAGAACGUCCCUCUUUCAUGUUUUCACCUCUUCAUGCUUUGGAUCUGAUUAGUAAACAGCUUUUCAUCCGCCCCUUAAAACACAUAAGACUCCUGGAAAUCCCAUUUCCUGGCUCUGUCAUUCUUCCUUGACAAAAACAAUAAUUAAACAUUUUAAAAGAA